ACAAGUGGUGGAAUCUUAAAGAUAUAUAUUAUCCGAAAACAGAGUACAAGGCUUUAUAUUCCUGACCUUUCGAGGCAUUUAAUCUGUCUUAAUUCUUGCAACUAUAAAGCAACAUACUUGCAGAAUUGCCUGCAUUUUUUAAUUUGCAGUAAAAAUAGGGAAUAUUAUUUAGAGGUGCAAUGAAAGCAGUGAGUGAUGUUCCUUCCCUGAAGAAGGCAGGCUGCGGUGAGAUGGCAUUGCAUUGCUUGUCAGAGCACAGUCUCAGCAUCGCCCGCUGCAAGAUGGAAGAGGAAUCCCUGGACCUGCAGUACGACAUGAAGGAUUGCUACUCUAAGCUCAAGCAGUUGGUCCCCACCAUCCCUCCAAACAAGAAGGUGAGCAAAGUGGAGAUCCUGCAGCAUGUAAUCGACUACAUCCUGGACCUGCAGCUGGCUCUGGAGACGCACCCGGCUCUGGUGAGAGCGCAGCCGGCGGCGAGCUGCCCCUCGGCGCCCAGGACUCCUCUGACAACCCUCAACACCGAGCAGAGUGGGUCUAAAGUCAGGAGACAAGAGGACAGUAUUUUGUGCCGCUGAUGUGAUGCUGUGUGAGGUGUGCCCGACGAAUCACUCACACACAUACACACACAACCGGAGAGGAGGAGGAGGAGGAGAGAGAGAGAGAGGGAGAAAAGAAGGAAAGACAAACUAAUCCUAGCGUUCAACGCCAGAAACCUGUCCAACGGAUUCCAUCCUGAGAGGGUUUUUUUUGCCAAAUCACGUCUCAUCUCUAUGCUGCUCAUAGCGUUUUAGCCACAGACUUAAAAAAAUAAACCCAGAACUGAUCUUGGAAAA